UACAGUUCACAAACAGACAAAAGCGACAUAGGAAUAGGGCGAGAUCGUAUCGAUAAGGAGAGAGAGAGAGCUGAAUGGUCAGAGAUCGCGUCGAUCCUUCAAAUUCUGUGAACGAGUUUGUGAACAAGUGCGAGGAGGAUAGUGCGCGUGCUCGAGACAAAGAGGAUCGUGCGUUCUUUUUUUUUGGACCAACAGAUUAUUUGGUAUUUUCGUUUUCGUCGAGGAGAAGAGAAUGGCGGGUUUGUUCACCACGUUGCUCGUGUUGUGCGCUCUGAACGCGAUCCUGAUGCCGGAUACGAUUUACGCCAGACCACCCUCCUUGCUUAGCAGGCAAAGGCGGAUAUCGGAUCAAAAGCUCGCCGAGAUAGAGACACUUAUCGGAUUGAACGAGAUGAAGGGGAUGGUGAAGACGGUUCCAGUCGGGUUCGGUGCGUUUGAUCUGAAGAAGAUAGGUCGCAGAAGAAGAUCCGCGAUCAAUAACAAACUUGAAACUUUGCAACGUAUCAUGCAAAUCAUUAAUGACAAUCCUGAAUUGCUCGACGAGGAUAACAUUCUUUCGUCACCAGUGAAAUUAAAGGAGAGUCGUCAAAGAGAGAACGACGAAUAUUCACUUAUUUAAUUUCGAAACACGAAAAUCGCGCUGGAUCACAGGGCAAGUACGAAGACAGGGUCGAGAGAACGAGGAAUAAUGAAGAAAAAAAAGAAGAAGAAGAAUAAAAGACAAAAAAAAAUAAACGAAGAAAAAACAAAGAAGAAAAGGUUUAAGAAAGCAAGAAAAAAAAAAGAAAAAUAUUAUACGCGAUCUCUCGACCCUAAAAACCGCCUACAAACAGUAUUACGGACUGUCCUCCGUCCGAAAUUAAAAAACCUACUAGGAUAACUAAGUAAUUAAUCACGAAAUAUAUAAGAGAAGAAGAUGACGAAAGAAAUUCCUAUUAAAUCGUAUUCGAUAAGUAUUUAUCGAUUUCCAUGUCGAUCGUGAUUUAAUUCGAUUUUUAUUCGUUCCUGAACAUCUGCCAUUUUCGUUAUUUAUUUAUUUAUAAUUUAUUUUAUUUUAGCAUAGCGUAUAAUUUAUUUAUUAUUUAUCGAUCUUAGAUUAUAUUAUUCGACUAUUAUUAUUCUUAGACUGUUAUUUCGAUUCUUCUCGAAGCGAAACGUACUGUACACCGUAGAAUUAAUUUUAGGAGGGGAAAUUUUUUUAAAUAAUUGAUCCAAAUAGUAAAAAAAUUCAAAUUUACAAACAACAUUACAAACAUGUUGUAAAAAAGAAACUAAAACUCGAGCAA